UGCCCACCCCCUCUCCCCCUCAGCUGCUAUAUCAGGGGACAGACUCCCUGCUCCAACUUAUCUUUUAUCUGGUGGUCGAUUGAAUCAUCCUUUUAUCAACAACUGCGCCUCUUUGGAAACAAGAAAGUAUCUUUGGACUUUUGGAGUGGACAGCUUCUGUGUGCUGCAUCGAGUGGUGCAUAGUGAAGUGUCUUGGAACGCUGUGAUUCAAUUCCUUCCCUGAGAGGUUUGGGAGACGGGCACCACCCUGCAAGGAAAGAGCAGAAGUCACUCUUCAUCUGYAAAAACAGAAAUAUUCCAGGCGUGCAAAGAUGCCUCGGUCAUUCCUUGUCAAGAAGUAUUUCACCAACAAGAGGCCAAAUUACAGCGAGUUGGAAAGCCAGAAUGCAGUCAUACCAGAGUGCUAUCCUCUUGCUGAGCUCCCGAUGAGGGACAACAGCUCUGUGCUGACCUACUACCCCACCGCCCUGCUCUUCAACAUGGACGCCCUCCCAGCACCUCUCUCCCCUGUGUCCCCCGUCUCCCUCACGGGUCCUGUGGACCUCAGCAGCUCCCCCUCCAGCAGCAGUGGGGAGGAUGAGGAGGAGGCAGGGCGCACAUCGGACCCCCCCAGCCCUGUACCCCCCCACCACAUCUACCACUGCCUCCACUGCAGCAAGACCUAUAGCAGCCCCUCAGGCCUCUCCAGGCACCAGCUCACCCACUGCCCCAGGGGCAGCGAGAUCAGCUCCGUACCCAGYCAGGCCUUGCCUCGACCAGCCUUCCACUGCAAAAACUGCCCAAAGGAGUACACCAGCCUUGGGGCUCUGAAGAUGCACAUCCGCUCACACACCCUGCCCUGCGUCUGCACCACCUGUGGAAAGGCYUUCUCCAGACCCUGGCUGCUCAGAGGACACAUCCGCACGCACACUGGUGAGCGUCCGUUCUCCUGCCAACACUGUAACCGUGCAUUUGCGGACCGCUCCAACCUGCGGGCCCACAUGCAGACCCACUCUGAGGUGAAGAAGUACCAGUGUGGUUCCUGCUCUCGCACCUUCAGCCGGAUGUCCCUGCUACACAAACACACUGCCUCCGGCUGCUGCCCUGCCUCCUAGACACACACUGACCCAGCGGCUUAGAACGUUUGGCCGAAGAUGMCACGGUUGUUCAAUUCCCCAUAAGGGAUGUUUACUGCGAUACAGACUGUAAGUUGCUCUGGGUGAAAGUAGGAACCGACUGUAGUGGGUUGAAAGACCCAGGACCACUCAGACAAUGUUUAGGGGGGGGUGGAUCCCCAAACACUGUCAUCCAUCAAUUUGGAGGGCUAUUAGGCACCCCCAUUGAGCAACCUCGUGGCCUGAAGGACAGGGAUGGGAGGGUGUUGCCUAUAAGUGAACUCUUUUGAAUUMUGAAGUGCCUUCCAUUUGUAAAAAAAAAUAAAAAAAACAACAAAAAAACCUGACAAUUGAAAACAAGUAAAUGUUUUUCAUAUUGUUGUUAUGCAUAGAGACUUGGUGUUGACUGUGAGGUCAAUCAAGCGUAUAUGUGUGUGGAGGGAGCAGCUGGACAUGCAGUUAAUUCCCAGCAUACCCCUCGGUCCUGGCUGGUCCGGGACUGUGACCAUAGUGCAGCUGCUGGCGUGUGUGUAGAAAGUGAAUGUCGUCUCUCAUAGUCCACAUACACAGCAUACAUGUAUUGGGACAGGUGUUGACAGCUGUCUGUAUGGUGUUCUGUGGAGGCAGGAUACUGAGAGAUGUGUUAGCUCUGACCUCAAAAGUUGACCCUCAUCUCUUCUCACCCCUCAUCCCCUCACCCCUUCUCCCUUAUCUCCUCUUCCCUUAUCUCUUCACUCCUCCCCCUUACCUCCUCACUUUCUUCCCCUCACUCACAACCUCUUCGUCCCUCUGUU